UGUGUAAAGGAUCAAUGGUCAUAUGCUUCGGAUGGAAACUACAAAGGUUGAUGAUGUCAAAGAAAACUUGCAAAAGAAAGGUGAUUGAUUGGGUGGAGCCAUCUUUUACUGAUUUCUGCAAGAAUACGAAUUCCUCAUCUAGUAUCCUUCACAAGAAGACACCCACAGAUACUAAUCACCAUCAAAAAAGAAAAGAACAUUUUUCGCUCCUAGAAAGUGGCAAGAGUGGAAGGAAAAAAGGAAAGUCUUCUUCUAGAAAUGAGAGAGUUCAAAUUUCAAGACAAAAUUGCAAUGAGAUUGAACCAUGGGUAGAUAAAUACAAACCAAAAACUCAGAAUGAGCUUGCUAUACACAAGAAAAAAAUUGAAGAAGUUGAAGCCUGGUUAAAAGCUCAAGUAUUUCAAAGGCAGACCAAGCAGGGUGGCUCUAUUUUAUUGUUAACCGGUCCCUCAGGCUGUGGAAAGUCUGCAACUUUGGAAAUAUUAGCAAAAGACCUUGGCAUUCAAGUGCAAGAAUGGAUAAACCCUGUAUUAAUGGACUUCAGGAAAGAUGACUUUCAAGAUGCUUUGAACAAUGAUUUUCAGGUACUGCCCUAUCAGAGCCAAACAGUUCUCUUUCAAGAGUUUCUGCUAAGAGCAAACAAAUAUACUAAGCUUCAAAUGGUUGGUGACAUCAUGAAAACUGAGGAAAGACUUAUUCUUGUGGAAGAUGUGCCGAACCAUUUUUAUCGUGAUCCUAGCAAAUUACAUGAAAUUCUGAGGACGUUUGUGCGGACAGGCAGAUGCCCUCUUGUGUUUAUAAUAUCAGAUGGUGCAAGUGCAGCCAGCAGCCAGAGGUCUCUGUUCCCAAAAGAGAUUCACCAAGAACUGUGUAUAGCUAAUAUUAGUUUUAACCCAGUGGCUCCAACAAUAAUGCUGAAAGUUCUGAACCGAAUAACUACAAUAGAGGCAAAUACGAAUGGAGAAAAAAUUGAUGUCCCAAACAAAUCCUCAAUGGAAUUGAUUUGCAAAGGAUGUUCAGGAGAUAUUAGAAGUGCAAUAAACAGUCUUCAGUUUUCUUCUUUGAAAGAGUGCUCAUUGGAGAACAACUUGUGGUCACAGAGAAAAGGGAAUUCUACAUUAAAAUGUGAUUUAUUAUGUAAAGUGAAAAAGAAAAACUCUUUAGAAGGCCAGGAGCUACAAGCUGUCGGUAGCAAAGAUGCAUCCAUCUUCCUUUUCCAUGCUUUGGGGAAAAUACUUUACUGCAAAAGGGAGCAAAUAAUGGAGUUGGGCUUUCCUUGCCUACCAGCUCAUUUAUCACAACACGAACGAAGCCCCUUGCUUGUGCAACCUGAGGAUGUCAUAGAAAAAUCACACAUGCCUGGGGAUUUAUUUAAUUUAUAUCUGCAUCAAAACUAUGUAGACUUUUUCUCUGAUAUAGAGGAUCUUGUGAGAGCUAGUGAAUAUCUGAGUACUGCUGACUUGCUCUGCAGCAACUGGGAUGCACGACCUACACUCCAGGAGUACAGUGCAUCUGUGGUCGCAAGAGGCAUGAUGCAUUCAAACAGAGCUAGAGCCUUUGCCCACAGCAAAGGAGGAAUGGGCUUUCGACCCCUUCAUAAACCACAGUGGUUCCUAAUUAAUAAGAAGUAUCAGGAAAACUGCAUUGCUGCAAAAUCCCUCUUCUCAAGUUUCUGCUUACCACCACUGUGUCUUCAGACCCAGCUAUUACCUUACCUUGCCCUGCUGACAAAUCCAAUGAGAAAUCAAGCUCAGAUAACAUUUAUUCAGGAUGUUGGAAGGCUCCCUUUAAAGAAACACUUUGGAAGGCUGAAGCUUGAAAUUCUUACUGAUAAAGAUUCUGCCAUUCAAGUCUUGGACAGCGAUGAUGAAAGUGAUUUUGCUGGAAUGCAGUCCACAAAUGUGAAGGUCCAACUGGAGAACAAUACUAGUGAAAGGAAUGAGUCAGAUGAGUGUCUUCUUUCAGCCAGUCAGGCUCUUGGAAAUGAACUGUCAUGCAGCCAACCUCAGCCUGUGACCGCACAAGCAAUCAUGGAGGACGAUGAGCUAAAUAUAGAGGAAUAUGAUACUGACUGAACAAUGGAAAAUGGCAACACCAAUGCUGUUAUAAUUUCAGUUGAAUA